CACAGUUAUAAAUGCAUCCAUUUAUAUCCAUUAUUCAUGUUUGUGUAUGAUAUUUAUGGAAGUAAAAUAUAAUUUUCAGAGGAAAAAAAAAUUAUUGGGUUACUAUUUUGUUCUGGACAUUAUUGGUGAUAGAAAAUUUGGUGACUUGUAAUAGUUUACAUAGUUAUUAAGUGAAGGAUAGCCAGAAAUGGCAGUGUCUGGACGCAAAUUGUCAGACUUUCAAGGCUCAAUAUUACUAGGAUCAGCAGAGGAGUUCGACCACAGUUGUAAGCCUUGUCUUACCAUUGGUCAGCAUGUAGCAGCUCACGGAUUUUGUGUGGAAUGCCAGGAAAAUUUAUGCAAAACUUGCUUUGAGUGUCACAAGAGGACAAAAGCCUCACGGAAUCACCAGCUUCUUGAUAAAGAUAACUCGGAAAAGCAUAUUGCCAAUAAAGAGUCGGAGGAAUGCACUGAAAAAUGUUCUGUGCAUAAAAAGGAAAUAAUAAAAUUUUUCUGUCUAACACACAAGGCUCUUGGCUGCAAUGACUGCGUCAUCUUGGAUCAUCGGACAUGUAAGAUUGACUACAUACCCGAUAAAUGUGCAGGUAUAGGGGACAGUGAGGAAUACAGGGAUAUUAUGGAGAAACUGAACGAGAAAAUGAAUGACGCAGAGGAUGUCAUGAAGAAAGCUGAAGUAAGAAAUAAAGAGAUAGAUGAAUGUCAUGCUCGUAUUAUGAAGGAAAUCCUCAACUUUAGGAAGGAAAUAAAUGAGCGUCUAGAUCAACUGCAACAAGAAAUUCAGAAAAGUGCAGACGAAAAGAAAUCCAAUGAUGAAAAAAUAAUUCAGAUGGUACUUGAUGAAUGUGCAAAUAUGUCUUCUUAUAUCAAGAAAUUACAGUCCAGUUUAGAGGCAAACAAAACUUCAAAACAGAACGGACAGCUUUACAUCAACAUUAAACGAGCUGAGGGUAAACUGAAGUCAGAUGAGGUGAAGAAAGCAGUUGGAAAUCUAGCGAAGACAGACAUGCAAUACUCAUUUAAACGGAACACUGAUCUCGAAAAUGUGUUGUCCAAAGACAACAUAUUUGGUAAUUUAAACCUCAGUGCUAGCCUAGUCCCUCAGACAAAGAAGAAAACACUUGAUACACUAACACACAAAAAAGAUAUAAAUAUAAGAACAAAGUCAGAUCCUUAUUUGUUACCCUGCCAUGUCACAGGAUUGGCUAUCUUGUCCUCAAACGAACUUGUUCUGGCUGAUAACAAUAACAACAAACUGAAAGUUGUAGACAGACAGAGUAAGACUGUGAAAGAAGAAAUAACACUUGACUCACAUCCAUUGGACAUUGCUGUUCUACCCCAGGACCAGAUUGCAGUAACAGUUCCAGGAAACAAAAAUAUUCUUAUAAUGAAUACAGCUUAUAAACUGACAACUGUAUGCUUGAUUCUACUUAAAUGUGAUUUCAGCUAUAUAACAUAUCGUCAAGAUUAUCUCUACCUGGUUUGCAAGGAUCCUAAAAGUGUACUGGUACUGGAUACACAAGGUAAUGUCCAGAACACAAUCUCCCUGAAUAUUGACAUAUUAAAUGAUCCACAAUAUAUUGUGGUAAGUAAGGAUUCCAGACAGAUUUAUAUCAGUGACUAUGGUAGCGACUCUAUAGUCAGUAUAACAUUACAAGGUGAUGUAUCAGCUGUAUACAAACACAAGAAACUUCUUGGACCACGUGGGAUGGUGAUGUUAGAUGAUGGAUCAUUGUUGGUGUGCUGCUUCAAUAGCACGCUUCAUCAUAUCUCAGGCGACUUGAAGCAAGGUCAGACAAUAAUAGAUGAUCUAUGGAGGCCACAGUCUGUAUGCUUCAGUCAUUAUCAUGAUGAAGUCAAUAUUGGCUGCGAGGGUGACCAGCUGAAAGUAUUUAGUAUCAAAUGAACAGUCAAAAGAAUAAUAUCUAAGUAAAUUACAAUAGAAAUGGAAUGUAACAGACUACAAACUGUACUGAUAAACCGUAUAAAAUAUAAUUACAGGUUUCUAAUAACAUUUUGAUUUAUUCGAAAAAAAGAAAUAACUGACAAUAGAUGUUUCAAGAUACUUGCCUUCUAUGCAAAAUAAUUAUGUAUACAAAAUGAUUAUGAUUAGUAAUGAUACUAAUAAGUAGUAAGUAAUGUCAUUUAAUGUUAUUGUACAAUUUGGUUUUAUUUCAUCAAACCUAAUGCAAUAUCAUGCAUUUAGCUUUUACACUUAUAUCAAUAUGAUAUCUUUGAUUUAUGGACUUUAAAUAUCUGAACUGAAUUUCUUUUUGUAACGUUCACAAAUGUUUGAUAUAUCUAUGAUGUAUUACCUUAGUAGUCUGAUUUGGACCCUUCAAGCAAAUUAUUCAUUCCACCAUGCCAGGUGAUCCUCGUGCUGUUUAUGACAGCACUGAUUAUAUUUUGUUUAUGUAAAAAACGAAAAACAUCAGGUAGACCUUAUAGGAUAUUU